AUGGCAAAAUGCUUGGUCAAGAUCCAGACUCGACGCAGCCUCCACUUGCACAUGGUGAACCACUGCAGCGGGAACGUGUUUGUCCGUCUGCUGAGACACGGCUCCAAGGUCACAGCUCGGAACGCCGGUGUUCCGUUGCCUAAGGAGGAUGCCAUUUCUGCUCCCUUGAUCUCCAGCUCACCAAUGAAGGAAGCCCGGGAGUAUGAAGAUCCCCCAAGCAAAGAGGAAGAUAAAACAAAUGGAGAGCCCUUAACCAUCUCUGAACUAGCCUAUGACCCAAGUGCCAGCCUGCUCCCCACCCCUGUUGACAACGAUGAGAUUGACAUGCUCUUCGACUGUCCAUCGAGGCUUGAGUUCGAAAGAGAAGACUCGGAUUCCUUUGAGGAGCUGGAUGCAGAUGAAAAUGCCUUUUUGAUUGCCGAAGAGGAGGAGUUGAAGGAGGCUCGCCGAGCUUUGUCCUGGAGCUAUGACCUUCUGACCGGCCAUGUUCGGGUGAACCCACUGGUCAGGAGCUUUUCCAGGCUCCUUGUGGUGGGCCUGGGACUGCUGCUCUUUGUCUUUCCCCUGCUCCUCCUCCUUUUGGAGUCAGGUAUUGAUCUCUCCUUCUUAGUGAAAUCCGCCAGACACUAGAGUUUGAGCAGUUUCACUAUGAAUACUACUGUCCCCUCAAGGAGUGGGUGGCUGGGAAAGUCAGCCUCCUCCUCUACAUGCUGGGCUGCGCAUGAAGCUAAUACCUCAUAUGACUAAGGGCUAUAUUCAAUACUCGUGACUUUUUCCCCGCAGUAAAUGCCUGGUUCUGAAUGGUCAUGGGGCCGUCGGCAGGUGUUCCGUACUCAUAACUGAUUAUUCGGACCCUUAAGUUAGCUUUCCAUAAUUCACUGCACUUAAAUAAGUUUAAACCAAUUACAGUCACUCUAGUUACAGGUCAGGAAGAUGGCCUGUAAAUAACCAAAAUAUGUUUAUUUUUUAUUAUAGUGUAGACAUACUCAUUAUCUAUUAUAUCAUGAUGCAUAACACAUUGGACUGAA